AUGGUUGUGCUACAAACGGCACCUUCAGGUGAGAUUAGCCCGUCUACUCAGUACACCGAUCACUCUCAAAGUUACACCAGUCAGUCCACUGACGCAUACGCACCUUCGAUUCGGUCCGAUUCGAUUCAAUCUCCUUUAUCGCCAACAAGAGUUUCUCUUGAUGAUUUUGACCUUCUUAAGGUUCUAGGAAAGGGUUGCAUGGGCAAGGUUCUUCUCGUGCGCUCCUAUCGUAAUUCUCGGCUCUAUGCACUGAAAGCAAUUCAGAAAGAACGGGUUGUUCAACAGAAGGAAGUAACUCACACUCUGGCAGAGCGUGAUAUCUUGGUUCGUUUACGGGGUCAGCCUUUUCUAGCUACUCUUCACCAUGCCUUCCAGACGCCAUCCCAGCUGUAUCUUGUAUUAGAUUAUUAUGGAGGUGGCGACAUUGCGACCCAAAUGUCUCUGUGCACUAUUUUUUCCAAAGAGCGUGCUAGACUAUAUGUUGCAGAAAUUCUGCAUGGACUUUCUAUUCUCCAUGGUCAUGGGAUAGUUUACAGAGAUCUUAAGCCUGAAAAUAUAUUGAUUGCAUUGGAUGGUCACAUUGUCCUGGCAGACUUUGGUUUAUCAAAAAUAUUCAGUUCAGAUGAUCCAGUUGAUGAAGAGAGUGGAGUACCAUCUACUCAAACAUUCUGCGGUACAGCUGAGUAUAUUGCUCCAGAGGUUCUUGUUGGAGAGCCAUACUCCUAUGCUGCUGACUUCUGGAGUCUUGGCACCCUACUUUAUGAAAUGCUUGCCGGUAUUACUCCGUUUUGGGCAGAGACACAUGCGGAGAUGUAUGAUCGUGUAAUAAAGGACUCGCUCGAGUUUCCAUCUCACUUUGAUUCAGUCACACGCGAUUUUAUUUCUGGGCUCCUAACACGCGAUGUUCACAAGCGUCUCGGGUGGGGUAUUGAUGGUGCUGACCGGAUUAAGGAACACUCUUAUUUCGAUCCGUUGGAUUGGGAAGAUGUAAUCCAGCAGAAACUUCAACCAGACUAUGUCCCUGCUCUCAAGUCCGAGACUGAUUUGGCCAAUUUUGAUGAUAUGUUUGUCAGUAUGUCACCUCGUAUUAGCAUUGUGUCAGAAGCA